AAAUAUGGGAUUAUUUCCCGAUCCUCCUAUAACGCCACGGCUAAAGAGGCGCCUGUUUGGCGGAGGAGGUUCCGGGAGCGGUUCUUCACGCAAGAGCGACAGUAAUACGGCAGGGGGCAAUGAUAGUGGGAAUGCUGGUAACAGUAGCAGUGAAAGAGACUCCAGGAGACAUGCAGCCCGCCGUCAACAUGGGGACAGAAACGAUGGUUUCGGUAGCAUGUCUAAGUCAUCGACACCGCAACAACUGUCGACGUCUUGGGAAUUCAUUCGAUCCGUGUCAGCUGACAAUCAGUACGAAGCGGAACGCGAAGGUCUAAGCGAAAUAAUUGCCUCCCCACGGUACCUGGAGUUCCUGAAAAACUAUCGCGAGGAAGCAGCUGCCACAGCUGCCUCCGAAGCAACGCUAGCCGCCUCCUCACCGCGCUACAUCGAAGUGCGGAAGGGACGGAUCGUGCUCGAAUCCUCCCAGCAACAGCCACCUCCGCUUCCGAUCAGGAACGGUGGUCAACUCCCGGACGGCGAAAAGACUGAUCUUCAACACCAGCAGCAGCAGCAGCAGCAGCAGCAGCAGCAUGGCCGAGAUUCGGUUUUACGAAUCAACCGUGACAAGGCACCUCCUGGAUAUCCGAUGGUCACAACGACCUUCCCGGAUGCUGGGGUCGAAAAUGAAGCAACAGUGUUUCCGCCCCUACCACCUUCGCCACCAUCUUCGCCGACGGUACGCCAAGGAUGCAGCCCGAACUCUUCUUCACCCGUGCACGAGUGUGGGAAACUUGUGCGGAAUACUUCCGGCACGGUUUCAGACUCCUGCAAGAACACGGAAAUGUUGGAAGCUCGCAUUGCGGAACUAGAAGAGGCCUUAUUAAAGCUACAAGAACGAGUAAACCAAAGUCAAUGCAACUCACCAACGUUGGAAAAGGAGAUAAAAGAGCAUUUAGAAAUUAUGAGCAAAGCGAUGAAGACAAAGGAUCGAAAAUCGAUGCAAGUUUGCCGAGAGCAUAAAACAUUGCAGGUACGCUUUCAGAAGCAAGAAAACAGUCUCAUGGCGUUGCAGAAUGAGAAUAAAUCGCUACACCAAAGAGUACGGCAGUACGAAACGUGCCUGGACGACAUCAUGCGCAAGGUGGUGGAUGCACUCGUAGCCGAGGAUAGUCUGCGUGAUGAGGUGGCGAUACUGAAAAGCCGUGUGCGGGACUUGGAAGCGCAGAAUGCAGCACUUGUCACCACGCAUGCCAGUCCGGCAAAGAGUCGAGAUGAAGGAUACUGCACGAUGAGCUCGGGUCAGCCACAACCGCCCGCAGAAGGACACCUGGAGGAGCUGCCCGAAGAGCCGGAACAGUGGCUGAUGUCGGCGGAACCCUGCACAGCCGACAUGGAGGACUGGAGCAUGUCGCAGGAAGAGCUAGCCACUGCGCUAGAUGAGGAAAAUCAUGAAUGGAUAUGGAACUCCAGCUUUCUAACAACGGCGGAAACGCAGACUGAAGACAUUACGGCCUUGCUACAUGACCAGAUUGUGUACUCCGAAGACGAAGAGGUAGCGUGUACGAAUUUCACUCGUGACUUUUAUCGACUAGUCAGUUUUACGUCCGGAAGUACGCGCAGCUUACACUCUCCAAUGGCCGCGGGCGGCACUGUUGGCGAGAGCAGUGUAGAUCUAAGCACGAGUGAGUCGAAGGAUACGAGCAGCAGCACGCUUGAAGCCCGAGAUGCAAUCAAGGGAGUGCUUUGCGAUAGCAGCGAUGAGGAUGUGAAUGAAAGACUGUCUCAAAGUCCUACACCUAGCGAAGGUGGACGAGCGCAGGUGCUCAGCUGUUCGUCUAGCGAAUCGAGUGACGCAUUAACGGAAAAGUUGCAGCUACCGGCAACAUCCUCAUUAUCAUGUAGCGCAACCACAACCAUCGAUGAGGAAGAUGAGGUUGUUAUUUGCCAGCCAACGUCACCGAAGAAGGGGGCUCAAUCUCUGCCGCAAUCGCCAAAUCGUCGGUAUAUGGGAAAUAAGUUGCUGGAAGCUGAUGUCGUGAAAGGUACAGUCACCAGCAAUCCUCCGCUAUCGCUCAACACGGCCGAUCUGCUACAAGAUGUGCUGAUCACGUGCCACAACCAGCUGAAUGGGAAAACCGCUCCAAAGGCGGAAAACUCAGCAUCCAACCGUACUCAAUCGCCAGCGUCUCCAACCUGGCGAAGAAGUACGGGAUGGCGGCGAAUACAGCGUGGUAACGGUGUGCAUGAAACGCACAUUCCCGUCCCGAUUGGAGCAAAGGAUAGACUAAAAUCGCCUCCACCGGUACCGAUUCGCAGGACUUUUGCUAGUUAGCCGAUUGUCGUCUGUUCUACCGAGUAAUAGUCUUUCGCGUAUUUAGAAAGCGAGUGCAAAGUGGUCUAACUAUACAAGGUGCUUGCUCCGCACAAGUUCCAAAUAUAUGCCCAAGACUUACAAAUAAUGUCGAAUUAGUCAGGUUACGAAAAGCAAGCGUUUUACUCGUGUGCUUAUACUUAUAUAUGUAUACACCAGUACUGGUUGUAAAU